AUGGAUAGCAAACGCAAAAAACAGGCCAUUACGGGUAGCACAGUAUUGAUUUUUUUAGUUGCAUGCUGUCUUUAUACAUUAUAUAUCUUAAAAUUCGAGAAUCCUAAUGUAAUCCCACCAGCUCUUUUGCUGCCCACCAUUAGUACCUUGAAGAAAAUUGAGAAUGUGAUUGACCCCGACCAACGAUACGUAUUCGUUGGUGAUAUUCAUGGCAAUUACGACGAAUUCAUGGAACUCAUCGAUGACAAGAUUGGAGGGCUGGAUGAUACGACGAUGGUAUUACUGGGCGAUUUCAUCCACAAAGGUCCGGACUCAGACAAGGUGGUCUCGUACAUUUUAAGUCAUAAGAACCAAAUAAAAUGUGUUCUAGGUAACCACGAAAUAUUGGUUAUGAUGGCCUAUUUGAACCCAGACUUCCUAAAGUGGGGAGGGAGCCCCAAAUUUAUGACACCAUUAACGUUCAGUACCGAGGACAAGUUCAUACCACAAGACAUCUCGAAGAUUAGCGAGGCGCACGCUCAAUUGGCCCACUCGCUUGGCUUUUCCAAAUUGAGCCAGCUGGCUGAACACUGCUCAGUGGCUUUCGAACUGGACUUAGGACUUACUGGCGAGAAACUGUUUGGAGCACACGCAGGGAUGCUACCGGGAGACUUCAUGAAGCCCCACCAAAUCCCCAGCGUGGGCUCUCUCUCGAACAUGAAGUUCGUCGAUAAGAAACAUUGGUCAAGAACAUCACGUGAAAAGGAAAAUGAUGAUUACGUCAGGUGGUUCAAAUUGUGGGACAAGUACGGAGACCAUUUCAGCAAUGCUAAAGUAUUCUACGGGCACGACGCCUCCAUGGGAUUGAACCUACGCGAGCAGACCAAGGGCCUCGACACUGCCUGUAUAAAGGACCACUUGCUUUCAUCCAUGGAAGUGAAGUACGAUAGAAAGAAGGGGCAGUACGACUAUAAACUAAUUCAAGUCAAGUGCUCCUAG